AUGUUAUCUUUCUCCAGGUCUAGCACACCUAUCAUCUUCCCUUACACACUUGAAGAUCAACCCCUCUCGCGUUCUCUGAUGAUAAAAGACCUUGGAAUCAUGCUUUCUCCUAAUUUAAACCCUCAAGAACAUAUUAACUAUAUUUGUAACAGAGCUAAUUCUGCCCUAUACUUCGUUAUACGGAACAGCCGCAACAUGUUCUCAAUUCAUGCUCUGCGGAUCCUUUACAUGCAUCUGGUGAGACCUUUACUGGAAUACUCUUCACCUGUUUGGAGACCUUACUUGAUUGGACAGAUUCAUGGACUUGAGAAAAUUCAAACCCGUUUCAUCCGUUUUGUUGGUGAGCUGCUAGGCUUCGACUACCGCACUGCUCCAAUUCAUGAUCUGCAACUUCAGUUGAACUUGAUGCCACAAGACGAAUAA